AUGUUGCACGAUCCGAAUGAGGAUGACUACACCCUCCACGUCCGACAGCAGCCCCUCACGGCCAGGGUCGUGGUGGGCAAGGACAAAGACCGGAAGCCCGUCGAUCCUCCACCUAUCAUCCAACUCGAAGUCAGCACCAGAAAGGAUCCUGCCCAGCACUUUCUUCAAAGUCCCUACUACUUCAUGUCGUGCGCUCUGGUGCCUGUCGAGGGCGGUCCCGAUCCAAAGCCCAACCCUCUCGUGGGAACUAUUGUCUCCUCUCUGCACCGCCUCAAGGACACCAACAACCAAGACGGCGGCUUCUUCGUCUUUGGCGAUCUGAGCGUCAAGAAUGAGGGCACGUUCCGACUCCGUUUUACCCUCUUCCAGAUGCAGAACAACGAGUGCCUUCAGAUCACCAGCAUAACCUCUAAUCCGUUCGCGGUCCAUACCGGCAAAAACUUCCCCGGCAUGUCAGAAUCAACAUUCCUCACCCGGUCCUUCAGCGACCAGGGCGUGCGGCUACGGCUGCGCAAGGACUCGCGCAGCAUGACGACCCGGAAACGAAACGCCCAGUCUGCCGACCUCUCGCGGGCAACAGAGCGCAGGAGCUCUGAGCCCAAGGACACUUCUUCUCUCCAGGCUGCAACCUACUCGCCGCUGGGAGCUCGGCAGACCAAUGGGCAGCAAAGCCCCGCUGACUACUACACCGGAGCCCAGGCCUAUCCUGACUAUGGCGAGACCCCGCAGAAGCGACAGCGGACGACGACGACGACGACGGCCGACCCUGGCCACAGUAGCAACAUCUAUACAGGAUAUAGCCUGCCCCAGUAUGACGCUAGGAACUACACUGGCCUCCAGCCGAGCUACUCAAGCACGUCCAUCCCGCAGAACAUAGCCCUGACGAUGCCCCCGAGCUCGGGCUCGCCGUACCUGCAAGCGGGCCCCUCUGCAGGAUUCAUGUAUUCGACUGGCUGGCCUGACCCUGCAGAAGAGCAGAGGAGGGGAUGGGGAACUGAGCGGAGUUGA